UAAGCUUUGCCUUGAGAAAGGGGGUAAACUCAUCUCCCAAACACACACACCAUAGGAUACGAUUAAUUGUGAAAAAAAAAUUAAAAAAGAUGAAGGUUUUUGUCAAAACAUUGAAGGGAACGCACUUCGAAAUCGAAGUUAAACCCGAAGAUACGGUUGCUGAUGUGAAGAAAAAUAUAGAAACUGUCCAGGGAGCAGAUGUUUAUCCUGCUGCACAGCAAAUGCUUAUCCAUCAGGGGAAAGUGCUUAAAGAUCCCACCACCUUGGAGGAGAACAAAGUUGCCGAAAGCUCUUUUAUUGUCAUUAUGUUAUCUAAGACUAAGGCACCUGCCGGUGAAUCUUCAACUGCCGCAGCUGCCCCACAGGCACCUCAAACAAGUGCCACUCCCCCAGCACCAGCUGCUACCCAGGCUCCUCCUCCAGCUGCUACACAGCCUGCAUCUGUUCCCCUAGCUACACCGGCUUCGGACCCAGCAUCCAUUGCGAAUGCCCCGCCAGAGAAUGUAUAUGAUCAAGCAGCAUCAAACCUGGUUGCAGGUAGCAAUUUAGAGGGUACAAUUCAGCAUCUUAUUGAUAUGGGUGGGGGGAUUUGGGACAGGGAUACAGUUGUUCGUGCUCUUCGUGCUGCCUACAACAAUCCAGAAAGAGCCGUGGAGUAUCUGUAUUCUGGUAUUCCUGAGCCAGCUGAUCUUCCACCAGCAGCAGGAGUUUCACCUGUGCCAGGUGUGCAGGCAGUAAACCCCCCUGCCCAGCCCCCACAAGCUACACAACCAGCAGCUGCCCCUGCAACUGGACCAAAUGCAAAUCCCUUGGAUCUCUUUCCACAGGGUCUUCCUGACAUGGGUACAAAUGCUCCUGGCGGUGCUGCAGGCAACCUUGAUUUUCUCCGUAACAGUCCACAGUUCCAAGCACUUAGAGCCAUGGUGCAGGCUAAUCCACAAAUAUUGCAGCCUAUGCUUCAAGAGUUGGGGAAGCAAAAUCCUCACUUGGUGAGACUCAUUCAAGAGCAUCAGGCUGAUUUCCUUCGCUUGAUCAAUGAACCUGUUGAAGGGGGAGAGAACGUACUUGGAGAUCUUGCCGGAGGAAUGCCACAGGCCGUGACCGUGACAGUUGAGGAACGUCAGGCCAUUGAACGUCUAGAAGCAAUGGGAUUCGAUAGAGCACUAGUAUUAGAGGUCUUCUUCGCAUGUAACAAGAACGAGGAGCUUGCAGCUAAUUAUCUAUUAGACCACAUGCACGAAUUCGAAGACUAGUAUUGUUGAUUAAUGGUGAUUGGCUAAUCCUCUACUUCGUUUCUGUGUUUAUUUUUAUCUUUUCUGGGUUCAUCUUUUUAUUUCCGAGUGCUUUUACUUGUGGAAAUAUGGGAUUGUCGGGAAAGACGGAACAUUGGAUUGUAACCAGAUCUCUCGUCUCUUAUUUAAUUUGCACUUGCUCUGUAAUUUGGAACUUCUGGUUGUCUUUGUAUGACAAUAGUAUCGUUCGCCUCUUUGGCUCUUUAUCA